AUGCGUGGGCCCCCGUGGUGGCGCGGCAGUGUGGUUGCCCAGGAGGGGAAGGAGGAGCGCGCCUGUGAGGCACUGUAUGGCUGAUGACGGCACGGUGAAGGGCUCGGCUUGGCCCUGUUCAUCUCCAGUGGAGCCACCCGGCGGGGCACGUCACGAGUGAGCACCAGUUGACAGAAGGAUUCCCACUUUUUAGAGAGAGAGAGAGAGAGAGAGAGAGUGUCGAGAGCUUUCCGGGAAAUGGGCUCGUCGCAAAAUAGUCCAAAUGGACUCUUAGGAGGCUGACAUCCACGUGGGCGAUUGACGUCCACGUUGCAAGAAGACAGGUCAGAAGGAGGGGGCCAGCUCCAACACUGCCCCCCGCCCCCAUUUGAACACGAGGUCCUAAGGGCCGCGGUCUUAUCGGCUGUCGGAAGGAGAACCCAUAGAUGGGGGAGAAGGGUCACUCCCGCUAGAGGACAAGGAUGGCUAUGCGGACUGUUUGACCGGCGCAGGCAGCCCGAAAAGAGAGAGAGAGAGAGAGAGAGAGAGAGAGAGAGCCAAACCAGAAAAGGGACCAUUUUUCACCUACAACGUAGCCCCUCUAUUUAGGGUAUAUUACAAGUAUGCCGGAAGCCCGGUACAGGGAACUGGGGCCAUUUUGGAAGCCAAAACCAGAUCAAUUUCCCAUGCAGGGGCGAGAGCGAUCGGCGGAAGACCUCCGCGACGUCGCCUGAGAGGAGGUGCUGGCUGAGAAGAAUCGUGAUCUGGACGUGCACAGAGAGAGGUUCCUGAUGACGGAUGCCGGUGGGGGGAGUGGAGAGAGAGAAAGCGCGAUUGUCGUCGGGGUUGAAAUUACGCGUCAGGAAGAGAGAGGUUCCCUCUCGGCACCGUUCAUGAAGCCCGGCAAGGCUGUGCCUGCUUGCUAGUCAGCGGACGCCACCGCCUGCAGCGCAGCGGAUCCCACGGCCGUUGACCCUGCCUGAAUCUCCUUGAACAUGGCCAUCACCUGCAUCAUCGUCGGCCUCCUCGCCGGCCGGUCGUCGAGGCAGGCGCAGGCGACCUUGAGGUGCUCCAGCAGCUCCAGCUCCAGCCCUGGGUCCUCGCUGAGGAGCUCCCCGUCGAAGACCUCGCUGACCCUGGACUUGGCCUGCUGCUUCACCCACCCCACCAGAUUGUUGUCGUCCCCAAAGUCGGAGGAGUCCGUCGGCCGCCGCCCCGUCAGGAGCUCCAGCAGCACCACGCCGUAGCUGUAGACGUCCCCCUUGGUGGUGCACCGGAAGCUGUGGCAGUACUCCGGCGGCACGUACCCGGGGGUUCCGGCGAGCGUGGAGACGCUCAGAUGGGUGUCCACGGCGCUCAUCAGCCUUGCCAUCCCGAAGUCGGAAACCCUGGCCUCGAGGUCGUCGUCCAGCAGGACGUUGCUGGAUUUCAUGUCCCUGUGGAUGA